CUGAAGCUGGGGGCGGGACUUGAGCUGAGAGGCUGGGCCCUAGUGGGGAGAGGUAAAACCCCCAAGAUGCGGGGUGGGGCGGCGCUCCCGUGGCUGGGGGCGCUGCAGUCCGGUUCCCCGUCGCCACAGUAGCCGCCGCAGUUCUCAUAGUGUCUGCUAUCCCUGCUACCCCAAGGAGCCCCUCUGGGAGUUCACUACCCUGAUCCCAACUGAGCGGUCCCAGGAUCCCUCCAGCCUUUGCCCCUCCAAGAGACCCGGACUGACCGUCUGUGUGGACCCAGAAUGGAGCCUCAUUCGGCAGCGGCGGGAGACUCAGAGACAACUCACUUGGUGACCCCCCGGGCUCCCCGCAACGCCGGCAGCCUCCGUCUCAAGAGUCUCUUCACAGAGCCUUCGAAGUCGCCCCCGGAAGAACAAGGUCCACCGGAGCAACCUCAGUUCCGCCACUGCCACAUAGACCCCAUCCCUCGGGCUGGCCUUAGCCCUGAGCAGCUACAGGCCCAGAAGCAACUGUGUGCUGCCUGUGCUGUCUGUUUCCUCUUCAUGGCAGGGGAAAUUGUGGGUGGAUAUUUAGCGCACAGCCUGGCCAUCAUGACUGAUGCUGUCCACCUGCUGGCAGACGUGGGUAGCAUGGCAGCCAGUCUCUUUUCCCUGUGGCUCUCCACCCGCCCAGCCACUCGAACCAUGACCUUUGGCUGGCACCGCUCAGAAACCCUGGGGGCUUUAGCCUCUGUGCUGUCCCUCUGGAUUGUCACUGCUGUCUUGCUCUAUCUGGCCUUCGUGCGCCUCCUGAACAGUGACUACCACAUUGAGGGAGAUGCCAUGUUAAUCACCGCAGGCAUUGCCGUCUGUGCCAAUCUUUUAAUGGCUUUUGUGCUGCACCAGGCUUCUCCCGGACAUAGCCAUGGGUCCAAGGGAACUGAGUAUGCUCCGUUGGAGGAGGGGCAAAGGGGUCCUCUGAAUAUCUACAACACCAGCGUGCGAGCAGCUUUUGUGCACGUUCUGGGGGACUUACUUCAAAGCUUUGGGGUUCUGGCUGCAUCUAUCCUCAUCUACUUCAAGCCCCAGUAUAAAGCUGCUGAUCCCAUUAGCACCUUUCUGUUCUCCAUCUGUGCCCUGGGUUCUACUGCUCCCACCCUCCGGGAUGUUCUUCGGAUCCUGAUGGAAGGUUCUCCCCCUGGCAUUUGCUACGAACCAGUUCGGGACCUGUUACUGUCAGUGCCAGGAGUCAAGGCAAUUCAUGAGCUGCACUUGUGGGCCCUGACCCUCACCUAUCAUGCUGUUUCUGCCCAUCUGGCCAUUGGUAAGUGUCAGGGCUGCCUUAGGUCAUGUGUGUGCAGGAGGAUACCGUCAUCCUCAGGAUAUCUUCUUUUCUUAAAGCCCAUUCUAGGAUGGAGAACCAGAGUCAGGAUAAAUAACUGGAACAGAAAAAAAUGUCUCUUUCCCUGUGAUGCCCAAACCCUCACUCCUCCAGCCCCCUGCUCCUAACACAUACUGAGCCAUCAUUGAGGCAGGGAAAUAAGAGUUGAGAAAAUAAAAAAGGCUUUCUGGAAAGUAUUUCACCCUUGAAAGUAUGAAAAUGAAAUUAGAAGCCUUGAACAACUCCUUGUUUCCAACUCAAUUCAAACUGGCUUUAAUGAAAUACCCUAGGGCCCUCCCCGUAAUGUCAAGGCCCAUUAGUCUUCAUCUCAUUCUCUUUUGCCCCUAUUCUAAUCUCCCCUGGGACUCUGAUGCUGCCUUCUUAUCAUUCUUCCACAGACGCCACUGCAGACCCCGAGGCUGCCCGGGCAGAAGCCUCCUCCCUGCUCCACACCCGAUUUGGAUUUAGUAGCAUCACUCUCCAAGUGGAGCAGUACCAGCCCGACAUGGCCCAGUGCCCAAGCUGCCAGGAACCCCCUCAGGCCUGAGCAUUUCAGGCUUCCCCACUUCUCUGUCUUCCUGCUGCCCAGGGACUUCCUUUACCCCAGCCUUCACCAUCUCCUCAUCAGGCUGCCAGACCCAGAUUCAAUGCUGGACUCUUCAUUUGCUAAGCCCCUUUUGGGGGUGGGUGGGUAGCCACUUGCCCAAGUCUGAAAACCUGCUUUCUCUGUCCUAGGCAGAAUGGACCUCAUAUGGGUCAACCAAGCUUCCCUUCCCCAACAACUUCAACUCUGAGCCCCACCUCCUUACCUACCCCCAAGCCUUGUAGCCCCAGUGGGCAUGACCAAAGUAGGGGGGUACUCUCACCCAAAUGGGUAUGACCAAAUUCAGGGGUGGAGGUCUGGGGUCGAAGGGCAGCUAAUACGAGGAGGGGGAGAAGGAUGUUGGGGAGCGUCGUGGUCUUUUCCUUCCCUGUUCCUCUGAGGGGCUCCAUAUAGCUUCUUCAUGUUUGCAUACCUCAUGCUUUGUGUGGUUGUGGUCUUUGGUGUCUGGCUGCAGUGUCCCCUCUCUCUGUGUAGCCCUCGGUCAAUGCUGCUCUCUGGGCAUCCAUGGGUCCCUCAAUCUGCACUGUAUGUGUUACAGCCUGUGGCUUGUCCGUGUAUUGGUGCUGUGUUGUGUCUGUCUGUGUCCGCCAAUGUGUGGCAGCGCUGUGGUCUCUGUGAGCCUACACCGUCUGUCUGUUCUUUGUUCUGUCUGUUCCUCUAUUGGUGCUGUGCUCUCACUCUGCCCCUGGUUAGAGGGGUGACACCACAGCAGCUUUGGGCCAAUAAAGGAAUGUCAAACGAG